AGUGAGGUUCACGGGCUCGAGUUCUAAGGCCCGGGUGAUUAAAAUGAAAUAUAAAAUGGGUUUGUUUCGAUGAAGCGGGCCUUGCGCUUGAUCCGGUAUCAAGCGGUUUUAGCCACGUGUCAGUUGUUUACUUGAUGAAAGAUUUCGCGUAGAGGGGGAGGAAAGAAGGGUUUCCCCGUGUCUCUCCUCAUUUUCUCUUCUCGGAAAAAAAACUAGGGUUUGUGUGUGAGAGGCGAUUUUACGAGCGACGCCGAGUCUCUGAGUUGUUUGUGUGUGAAUCGACGACAGACUGUCUUCUCGACGACCUGAGAUGGAUCCCGCAGCAGAGAGAAGUCAUUCAAAGAAGCAAAAGGACUACGUCAACAUGCUAUCAUACACUUGCGAUUCUGAAUAUGGCAUUCCGAGAAGGUGUGCCUGUGGUGGGAGAAUCAUAGACGAGGUUCGAGUGAAGCAGGAGUACGAUACUCAACCCGGGAAGCGGUUCUUCACCUGUGCCAACUACGAGGCUGAUGGGUUUCACUACCGUCAGCCUUGGGUGAUUGGUGUCCAGGAGCAGAUCGAAAGCUUGACUAAGCGUCUGGAGGAGGCUGAGCAGCUGUUGAAUUUGAUUCCGAGUCUCAAAAACCAGAUUGAGACACUGGAGGCACAGGCUAGCGGGCUCACUCGGCAGGUUGAUCGCCUAACUGCGGAGGUUUAUAACUUGACGGUGCAAGUAGCUGACCUGGAGAAGCUCUGCUUCGAGUAACAAGCGAAGGUCACGGGUUGGAAGGGCAGGGUGUUGCAGGUCACGGGUCUGAAGGUUGCAGGUGAGGGUCAAGGAUGUAGGACUUUAUGUCAGUUUUUAAUCACGGAUGUAAAAUAGGAUGUACUAUGUGUAGGACUUGUCUUUUGCUGUUGAUUCGCUGAUGUAAAAUAUGUUGAUUCACGGAUGUUUUAAACUCUGCCUUCUCUAUAUAAACUAUGUCUUUCAGUUUGGUUUAAAAA